AUGCUGCUGGAUAUCACUGUCAUAGUCCUGUUCCCUGCAGCCACAUCAACAGAAGGACCCAGUUUGAGAACCCCGUUCUGGAGGCCAAGAGACGACAGGAGCAGCAGCAGCAGAUGCAGAGCCAGGGACUGUCAGCUCUGCCCUUACCUACUAUGUACAGAGGUACAGCCACACCCCUAUACUUCCAUUAGUUACUUGAUGUGGAAUAGAGUUCCAUGUAGCCAUGGGCUCUAUGUAGUACUGUGCGCUGUUUUGGACUCUGUUCUGGACUCGGGGACUGUGAAGAGACCUCUGGUGGCAUGUCUUGUGGUGUGUGUAUGGGUGUCUGAGCUGUGUGCUAGUCGUUUAAACAGGUAGUGUUGAAGGUCAAUCUCUCCUCUACUUUGAGCCAGGAGAGAUUGACAUGCAUUUUAUUAAUGUUAGUUCUCCGUGUACACUUAAGGAGACAGCCGUGCUGCCCUGUUCUGGGCCAAUUGUAAUUUUCCUAAGUCCCUCUUUGUGGCACCUGACCACUAUAGCCAGGGACUGUCAGCUCUGCCCUUACCCGCUAUUUAGAGGAAAAUAUAUACACACAGUGUCAGCCCAGACCAUUAUAUACUUCCCCUUCUUAACUCUCCUUACACUGAGUGUAAAAAACAUUAAGAACACUUGCUCUUUCCAGGUGAAAGCUAUGAUCCCUUAUUGAUGUCACUCGUUAAAUCCACUUCAAUCAGUGUAGAUGGAGGGGAGGAGACAGGUUAAAUAAGGAUUUUUAAGCCUUGAGACAAUUAAGACAUGGAUGGUGUAUGUGUGCCAUUCAGAGGGUGAAUGGGUAAGACAAAAUAUUGAAGUGCCUUUGAACAGGGUAUGGUAGUAGGUUCCAGGCGCACUGGUUUGUGUCAAGAGCUGCAAUGCUGCUGGGUUUUUCACGCUCAACAGUUUCCCAUAUCAAGAAAUGUCCACCACCCAAAGGACAUCCAGCCAACUUGGCACAACUGUGGGAAGCAUUGGAGUCAACAUAGACCAGCAUCCCUGUGGAACGCUUUUGACACCUUGUAGAGUCCAUGUCCCGACGAAUUGAGGCUGUUCUGAGGGCAAAAGGGGCGGGUGCAACUCAAUAUAAGGAAGAUGUUUUUAUUUUUUGUACCUUCAGUGUAUAAUCGACAGAGGCACAACAUGGUCCUCAGUUGGUAAGAGCAUCAUGCUAACAACGCUAAGGAUGUGGGUUCAAUUCCCAUAGGGAUCACAUACAAAUACUAUAAAAUAUGUACACUCACAGGGAUGUAAGUCUCUUUGGAUAAAAUCGUCUGCUAAAUGGCAUAUCAUAUUAUAAACAGACACUCCACUUAUAGUGAACGCUGUUAAUGUGAUCAACCGCUUAUAGUGGUAAAGUUGUCCUGCACGGAUGUAAUCACUAUAAGAGUGAUUAUUAUUUUGCCUGAGUUUGGCUGAGUGGGUAGUCCACAUGUCAUCUCUAGUCCACAUGUAAUCCCCGCUCCAGUCCAGGCUGACCUUUUCUGAUCUGUCUCUCCUCCCUCAUUUUUUCUCCCUUUAUAUCCUACUGACUUAACAAGUAAAUAAAUAAAUACAAUAUUUUUAAAAGAGUGAUUAUUCUAGUGUAUUUAACUGGCCUAUUUUAAUCUCACCCUCCCAUUCUCCAGAGAAGCCCUCGUUCACGCGGGACCCCACCCAGCUGAAGGGCUCCUUCUUGUCAACGGCUCUCCAGAAGAGCAACAUGGGCUUUGGCUUCACCAUCAUCGGAGGGGAUGAGCCAGAUGAGUUCCUGCAGGUCAAGAGUGUCAUACCUGAGGGCCCAGCCGCACAGGAUGGGAAGAUGGACACAGGUACUGUACAGGAACUAACCAACCACACACACGCACACACACACACAUACACACACUUCCCCAGGAUGCAUUGUAAAAAAAAUACAUCAACUGUCAAUCUACUGUCCCCCAUAGUACAAAAUUUGACCUAUUCUAUUCUGUGCGAGAAAUAAAUAUUCCAAACAUAGUCUGGGACAGUUGUGGGAUGCGAUAGAUCCCAAAUUAAUACAACCACUAGCAUGAAAAAAACAUUUUUACCCAAUGAGGCUGACGCAACAGAUCAGAACGUUUAGCUUAAAAUGUGAUAAACUAUUAGGCUAUUUCUUCACAUUAUAAGUGCAGCAAUGCGCACACGGCAGUAGGCUAUAAGCGCGAAUGUUCCAUUAGCGGGAAAACACCAUUAUCAAAAAUGACCGCAAAUGAUAAUAUGCAUGUAAUGCUUUUUUUUAUAUAGGUGCAUUGUUAUGGUGAAAAUUAUCUUCCCCAAACUUGAAACUCACUCAUUGCUUAUGUAUGCCAGUUAGGCUCUACACCCCUUGUAAAUCUGAUUAAAUGUGCUUAAUUUUAAGAAGUUAUUUGGCCACUUUAGUUAUGAUACAAACCUUAUCAAAACAUAUAGGCCCGUGGGCUAGGCUACAUGAGGUGUGCGACUAUGAUUAGAAAAAGUCGCAAAAAAAAGGCAUUGUUUCUUGCCUGAUGCAGGGCAUCAUUCACAAGUGAUAAUAUAUAAUUCACAAGUGAUAGGCUAAUAUUGUCACCCAUCAGACUAUUCCUGAUUUAAUCUUGUCUUAACAUAUAGUAAAUAAUAUAUGUGUGAAAUUUGUUUUGAUUUAGAAUGGACCAUUAUCAUGCACCUGUCUCAAAACAGGGGCAGAGGGAAAAAAUAAUGUAAUCUAUGCACUUAAAUAGCGAAGGGAGGGCGCUUUUCUGUGGUUGAUUUUCAUGCCAGCCAGGUAUGCUAUACUCCUGUUGUAAAUAUAAGCAAUGUGCUUAAUAUUAGGAAAGUUGAGAAAUAAAUAUAGUAGGCCUAGCCUAUAGAAAGCUGAUGGGAUUCUCCUAUUUUUAAUAGAGUCCAUCACUCUGUUUUCUCUCGCAAUUGCAUAGCCUAUAGAAAUGUUGCGCAACAUGAGCUCAUGGGCUCUCAUGAAGUGUUUGAUUAGAUUUUCGACAUUUGCAUUGAUGUCAGACUGAGUACAAGGCAGUUAGCAAGUUUGGUAGGCUACUAAUGACCAUCAGCAGCAUCAGAGCUUGGAGAAGCCUAAUUACCGUGACUAAAUAGUCACGUGGAAUUUGACUGCCUUCAUGACUCGUGACCGCCAGUGUGGCGGUAAUACGGUCACCGCAACAGCCCUACCUAGGACUCAUCCAUCAACAGUGCCUUCAGAAAGUAUUCACACCCCUUUACUUUUUUCACAUUUUGUUGUGGUACAGCCUGAAUUCAAAAUGUAUUAAAUUGAGAUUUUGUGUCACUGAUCUGUUUACACACAAUACCCCAUAAUGUCAAAGUGGAAUUUUGUUUGUAGAACAUUUUAGAAGUAAGCAUUUCGUUGGACGAUGCAUACCAUGCGUAUCCCGGGCAUAUGACUAAUAAAACUUGGUUAUCUGGCCUAUUUGAGCUGUGGCAUUGCUGUGAGGGAGGUGUGCAUUUGUGUGUGUGGUUGGGUGGUUGUGUGUGUGGGUGCUCUCUGCUACCGCGGAUAUUUGAAAGAUUCAUUGGAUUUACUAAUACUUUCAUCAUGGACUAGAUGCAAAGUGUAGCUACAGCUUUCAAUACCAGUGUUGCCCUGAAUACAGCUGCUGGUAUCGACACAGCUCUGUGUUCUGUGGCUAAAGCCGUCUGGACUGGUUGAAGCCGAGUGGGAAGGAUUAUUUUGAAAGUGUUUGUCUGCCGUGAAUCAUCAUAAUCCAUACACAGGUAAGAGUGUACAGUUAAAAUGCCAAGAUAGCUACAUCUGCAAAUGUAAUUGUCUCAACUGUAUCAAAAUGUUGUUUUCAUUGCUAGCUAUUGUUAGCUAUAUAGCUAGCUAGCUAGCUAGACAGUUGCAUACAGGUAACAUUAUAGCUUGCUUCGUCCCGCAACAAGCCAUUGUUUACAGAUGGAUUAUUGUAUAAUAGAUUUCGAGGUAGUUUAUUUGCAUGUUCAACUAGCUGGCUAGCUAGAUGAAUAACAUUUACAUCUAGCCUGCUGGUAAUUAUGAAGAUAAAUGUUUGCUGAAUCUAGCUAGCUAUCUUGUAGUGUCUGCAUUGCCAUUGUUGGGCUGGAAACAGGUUAAAUGUGUACAGGGCAUUUUAGUACAGCUGUAGCAGUCAACAGGCUAUAACAAGCUAUAGGACAUUAAUUAAUUCAUGUUUUAACCUAUUUCUCUAGAAUUUAUCUUUCAGCAUAAACCUGCUCUCCGCCACCAGUACAAGGAGAUGAUCGAGAGUGAACAAGCAACACUUCAGGUAUUUUUUCUUUGUACUUUGAGCUUGUUGCUUGAACUUGGGGGUCAAUUAAUGUUAUUGCUGGUAUGGCAUGUUUUAAUGUCUUGUUAUUGUCUGCUUUCCCCCUUUACAGCUUCAAUUGUUUGGAGCCUGGUGUUAUUGUGGCCAAGGAGCUUUCAUUCAGGUGGAACCAGGUUUCAGCUGCUGUGCAAUGUUGCGUCCUUCCUCCCAGAGAUGUGAAAGCAUCCCCUGGACUGCACACAACCUGGCUAACAUAUAUAUUUUUUAGAAGAUCAUGGCUUUUGCACUGAAAAGGCCAUGGAUAUUACAUGGCAGGACAGAAAUACAGUGUGCUAUCAGGCUAGAUUCCUUUGUUCAUAUCCUAACAUGACCUGAACCAACGUUACUCAAAGGACCUUAUGAUAUAGGCCUAGGUCUAGAUAGUGUUUUUACCUUUAUGUGUUUGUGUGUUAAUUUUUUCCUAAUUGUAGGCUAUUACCUUUAGCAAUUGAAGUUAAUAAAGUAUUUUAUUGUUGAAAUAUUUUCUUUGUUUUUAAGCACUUCCUCACUGCUUUAGCACAUUGCCACAGUCACGUAUUCCAAUGUGAAUUCUUUAAGAGAUGGGUGGGCCUAAGGCUUUAGAGGGUGUGAAUAAUGCUAAAUGUGCGUAAACGAAAAGCAGCACUGUAGCUGUUCAAUGUGAAAGGUUAUCUUUAUUAUAGAAAAUGAAAUGGAAAUGAAAAACUGUUAAUGGUUUGCCUAAUGGAGUAACUUGGUGAGAUAAUGUUCAGAGAAUCCAUUUUAGUAAUUUGGUGAAAGUAUUCCUUUUCUAAAUAUAUGUUUUCCAAUAAUUAAUGUAAAGCAAUUGUGAAAAUCACAGCAAAAUGUUUGAAUGCCCUUUUCUCCUAAAUGGGAUUAUAAAUGUAUCAACAUUUAAAUCAGCAUUACUUACAUUUACAUUUUUUUACAUUUUAGUCAUUUAGCAGACGCUCUUAUCCAGAGCGACUUACAGUUAGUGAAUACAUAUAUAUAUUUUUCAUACUGGCCCCCCGUGGGAAUCGAACCCACAACCCUGGCGUUGCAAAUGCCAUGCUCUAUCAACUGAGCUACAUCCCUGCCAGCCAUUCCCUCCCCUACCCUGGACGACGCUGGGCCAAUUGUGCGCCGCCCAUGAGUCUCCCGGUCACGGCCGGCUGCGACAGAGCCUGGAUUCAAACCAGGAUCACUAGUGGCACAGCUAGCACUGCGAUGCAGUGCCUUAGACCACUGCGCCACUGCGCCACCCAUGUUUCCUCCAACUACAGUGUAUGAUAUGCCAUUUUGAAGCUCUGAGUCAAUGUUUUUACUUUUGUAAAAAAUAAACAUUUCAAAUUUUGGAACAUAAGACUGAAAAGAGAUGGUGGGUCACAUGUUUGGUUAAUUCAUCUCUGGCUGGACAAGUGGAAGGGGUAGCUCAAUUAUUCAUUUGCUCAUCACUCACUGAUCAGAGACAUUUAGCAUGCAAUAAUGUAGCCUGAAUCAAGUAUAUUAUUUAUCUAUUGACUCACGUAGUAUAGAGCCUAGGCCAUUUUCCUAUCGUUCCAAUCCCAAUGAAACAAAAAAUCCUGACUCCUGUCUUGCACGAAAAUGCCUAACUUUAUUCUGUAAUCCAUAGAUUCAAAUAAAAUGAAUUUGUAUUUGCCACAUGCGCCGAAUACAACAGGUGUAGACAUUACAGUGAAAUGCUUACUUACAAGCCCAUAACCAACAAUGCAGUUUAAGAAAAAAAUAAAAAGAGCAAAUAAUUAAAGAGCAGCAAUAAAAUAACAGUAGGGAGGUUAUAUACAGGGGGUACCGGUACAGAGUCAAUGUGCGGGGGCACCGGUUAGUCGAGGUAAUUGAGGUAAUAUGUACAUGUGGGUUGAGUUAAAGUGACUAUGCAUAAAUAAUAAACAGAGUAGCAGCAGCGUAAAGAGGGUGUUGGGGUGGGGUGGGGGGGGGGGCAAUGCAAAUAGUCCGGGUAGCCAUAAUUAGCUGUUCAGGAGUCUUAUGGCUUGGGGGUAGAAGCUGUUAAGAAGCCUUUUGGACCUAGACUUCGCGCUCCGGUACCGCUUGCCAUGCGGUAGCAGAGAGAACAGUCUAUGACUAGGGUGGCUGGACUCUUUGACAAUUUUUAGGGUCUUCCUCUGACACCGCCUGGUAUAGAGGUCCUGGACGGCAGGAAUCUUGGCCCCAGUGAUGUACUGGGCCGUACGCACUACCCUCUGUAGUGCCUUGCGUUCGGAGGCAGAGCAGUUCCCAUACCAGGUGGUGAUGCAACCAGUCAGGAUGCUCUCGAUGGUGCAGCUGUAUAACAUUUUGAGGAUCUGAGGACCCAUGCCAAAUCUCGUCAGUCUCCUGAGGGGGAAUAGGCUUUGUCAUGCCCUCUUCAGAACUGUCUUGGUGUGUUUGGACCAUGAUAGUUUGUUGGUGAUCUGGACACCAAGGAACUUGAAGCUCUCAACCUGUUCCACUACAGCCCAUCGAUGAGAUUGGGGGCGUGCUCAGUCCUCUUUUUUUCCCUGUAGUCCACAAUCAUCUCCUUUGUCUUGAGCACAUUGAGGGAGAGGUUGUUAUCCUGGCACCACACGGCCAGGUCUCUGACUUCCUCCCUAUAGGCUGUCUCAUCGUUGUCGGUGAUCAGGCCUACCACUGUUGUGUCGUCGGCAAACUUAAUGAUGGUGUUGGAGUCGUGCCUGGCCAUGUAGUCAUGGGUGAACAGGGAGUACAGGAGGGGACUGAGCACGCACCCCUGAGGGGCCCCCAUGUUGAGGAUCAGCGAGGCAGAUGUGUUGUUACCUACCCUUACCACCUGGGGGCGGCCAGUCAGGAAGUCCAGGAUCCAGUUGCAGAGCGAGGUGUUUAGUCCCAGGGUCCUUAGCUUGGUGAUGAGCUUUGAGGGCACAAUGGUGUUGAACGCUGAGCUGUAGUCAAAGAAUAGCAUUUUCACGUAGGUGUUCCUCUUGUCCAGGUGGGAAAGGGCAGUGUGGAAUGCAAUAGAGAUUGUAUCAUCUGUGGAUCUGUCGGGGCGGUAUGCAAAUUGGAGUGGGUCUAGGGUUUCUGGGAUAAUGGUGUUGAUGUGAGCCAUGACCAGCCUUUCAAAGCACUUCAUGGCUACAGACGUGAGUGCUACGGGUCGGUAGUCAUUCAGGCAGGUUAUCUUAGUGUUCUUGGGCACAGGGACUCUGGUGGUCUGCUUGAAACAUGUUGGUAUUGCAGACUCAGUCAGGGACAUGUUGAAAAUAUCAGUGAAGACACUUCCCAGUUGGUCAAUACAUGCUCGGAAUACAUGUCCUGGUAAGCCGUCUGGCCCUUCGGCCUUGUGAAUGUUGACCUGCUUAAAAGUCUUACUCACAUUAGCUACAGAGAGCUUGAUCACGUAGUCAUCCGGAACAGCUGAUGCUCUCAUGCAUGCUUCAGUGUUGAAUGCCUCAAAGCGAGCAUAGUAGUGAUAUAGCUCGUCUGGUAGGCUUGUGUCACUGGGCAGCUCGCGGCUGUGCUUCCCAUUGUAGUCUGUAAUAGUUUUCAAGGCCUGCCACAUCCGACGAGCAUCAGAGCCGGUGUAGUACGAUUAAAUCUUAGUCCUGUAUUGACUCUCUGCCUGUUUGAUGUCCAGUCGGAGGGUAUAGCGGGAUUUCUUAUAAGUGUCCGGGUUAGAGUCCCGCUCCUUGAAGGCGGCAGCUCUACCCUUUAGCUCAGUGCUGAUGUUGCCUGUAAUCCAUGGCUUCUGGUUGGGGUAUGUACGUACGGUCACUGUGAGGAUGUCGUCAUCGAUGCACUUAUUGAUGAAGCCAGUGACUGAUGUGGUGUACUCCUCAAUGCUAUCGGAAGAAUCCCGGAACAUAUUACAGUCUGUGCUAGCAAAACAGUCCUGUAGCUUAGCAUCUGCGUCAUCUGACCACUUCCUUAUUAACCGAGUCACUGGUGCUUCCUGCUUUAGUUUUUGCUUAUAAGCAGGAAUCAGGAGGAAAGAGUUAUGGUCAGAUUUGCCAAAUGGAGGGCGAGGAAGAGCUUUGUAUGCGUCUCUGUGUGUGGAGUAAAGGUGGUCUAGAGUUUUUUUCCCUCUGGUUGCACGUUUAACAUGCUGGUAGAAAUGAGGUAGGACGGAUUUAAGUUUCCCUGCAUUAAAGUCCCCGGCCACUAGGAGCGCUGCCUCUGGAUGAGCAUUUUCCUGUUUACUUAUGGCCUUAUACAGCUAAUUGAGUCCAAUCUUAGUGCCUACAUCGGUUUGUGGUGGUGAGUAGACAGCUACGAAAAAUAUUGAUUAAAACUCUCUUGGUAAAUAGUGUGGUCUACAUCUUAUCACAAGAUACUCUACCUCAGGCGAGCAAACCUUGAGACUUCCUUAGUAUUAGAUUUUAUGCACCAGCUGUUGUUUACAAAUAUACACAGACCGCCACCAUUUGUCUUACCGGAGUCAGCCGUUCUAUCCUGCCGAGUUUAGCAUAUAUCCCGCCAGUUGUAUGUUAUCCAUGUCGUCGUUCAGCCACGACUCGGUGAAACAUAAGAUAUUACAGUUCUUCAUGUCCUGUUGGUAGGAUAACCGUAGUCUUAGGCGAUCAAAGUUACUCUAUCAUUACCAAAUAUCAGUUUCACUUGUUGUGAAAUCUUGACAUAGUGGCGCGGCCAAGCUGGCAAUGGGGCUCAGCGAUAAUCUUAUUUUGGGGAACCCUGGCAUAGUGACCAUACUUUGGUUUUAAACGCUUUAAAUGGACACUUCCAAAUUUAGCGGUAUUUCCCAGGACUCUCGGGAUAAAUGUGAAUUAUUCCCGGCAUUGAAACUUGUUAGAUGUUUGGGAAAAUAUUAAUCCCUACUUAUGCAUCCCUAUUAUGUAUUAGUCAUAUACACUAAGUGUACAAAACAUUAAGAACACCGGCUCUUUCCAUGACAUAGACUGACCAGGUGAAUCCAGGUGAAAGCAAUGAUCCCUUUUUGAUGUCACUUCUUAAAUCAACUUCAAUCAAUGUAGAUGAAGGGGAGGGGACAGGUUAAAGAAUGAUUUUUAAGCCUUGAGACAACUGAGACAUGGAUUGUGUAUGUGUGCCAUUCAGAGGGUGAAUAGACAAGACAAAAUAUUUAAGUACUUUUGAACGGGGUAUGGUAGUAAGUGCCAGGCGCACCGGUUUGUGUCAAGAACUGCAACGCUGCUGGGUUUUUCAUGCUCCACAGUUUCCCGUAGGUAUCAAGAAUGGUCCACCACCCGAAGGACAUCCAGCCAAUUUGACACAACUGUGGGAAGCAUUGGCGUCAACAUGGGCAAGCAUCCCUGUGGAACGCUUUCGGCACCUUGUAAAGUCCAUUCCCCGACGAAUUGAGAUUAUUCUGAGGACACUCAGUAUAUGGUUGUGAUGUCACCCUGACUCUGACAUACAGUACUGGAGAGGAGCCAUAAGCUCAACAUGGAUCUCUUUUACAUUAUGGAAAUGAAAGGAGUGUGUGUGUGUGUGUGUGUGUGUGUUUGUGUUUGUUAACCAUGCCCAGGUUGGCAUAGCAGUACAGUGGCAGUGUGAUGGGUGUCUCUUGGUGCUGCACACACACACACACACACACAUAUACACACAAACUCGCACAGACACACAUUUUCCCCUGGGCUUGUAUGACAUCCUCUCUGUCCAAUCCCAUCCCAUCUCCCCGGUCUUGCUCAUUAGGGCACGCAAUGGAAAAUGUUUAAAAUAUUUAGAAACUGAAAACAAAUUUGAAAUUCUUAUUUGACAUGUCCUCCCUAAUUCAGACCCUCUUCUUCUGGUUGAUGCCUAAUAGACAAGACCUCUGCCUCUUCCCCCUUCAGGUGACGUCAUAGUCUACAUCAAUGACAUCUGUUGCCUGGGAACAACGCACGCCGACGUGGUCAAACUCUUCCAGUCCGUUCCCAUCAGCCAGAGCGUCACCCUGGUCCUCUGCCGGGGAUACCCCCUGCCAUUUGACCCCGAGGACCCUAUCGGUGCGUCGUCCACAGGCGCCUCCCUGACCCCUAUGGGCCUGGAACACCGACCCCUGGUGGUGAAUGGGCGUAGUAGCUACGACCCUUACCUGGAGUACCUCUCCCUGAGCUCCCAGCUCCCUCCCCAGGCUCUAGCCCAGCCCGGGGCACACCACCUUGAUGGGUCCUCGCUACCUCCCACCACCCCCCGGUCCGCACCGGCCAUGACGCCGCACGACGACAAUGUCUCCAUGGCGUCGUCGGGGGCGACGGGGAUCGCCGGGGGCGUGAUCCAAGGGGCAGAGCUGCUGACGGUAACCAUGGUGAAGGGGGCAGAGGGGUUCGGAUUCACCAUCGCCGACAGCUCCACGGGGCAGUGUGUCAAACAGGUGGGGUGUUACUCUCGUGGGGUGUUACUCUCGUUACUCUCAGUAUGUUGUAAAUUUAGCAUUGUGUAUUCUAUUGAUCUCUCUGUCUGCCCGUCUGUCCGUCUGUCUGUCCUUUCGUCAGUCCAUCAGUCUGCCUGUCUGUCUGUCAUCACCCGUACUUUUCCAUCCUCAUACCUGACUAUGGUCUUUGUUGUACAGGUGUUGGAGCCGGGUGUGCUGGGCAGAGUGGGUCUGAGUGAAGGAGACCUGAUCCUGGAGGUGAACCAGCAGGGUGUGGUGGGGGCAGGACAUGGCCGUGUGGUGGAGCUGCUCAAAGAGUGUUCUGUCGGGGCCGAGGCCACGCUACUCAUACAGAGAGGAGGAGGGGCA